AGGAGUGAACCUGAGAACACAAGAUUGCAUUUGAAAUUUGCCCAAUCGAUUUUUGUUUUGUUGGGAUUAAUUCAACAUAUUGCUCUUUGUGUUCUCAGGUCACCCCUUUGGAGACACUUUGUUUUCUUAUUUUCUUCAUCCUCUUGGGAGAGGAAGGUUGAAUUAUUGAACAAAGAAGUGGCUGUUGAUUGUCCACAUAGCUUCAAUUCUCACUCUUUAAUGGACAAGCAAUUGAGCGCAUGGUAGUAGGUGGAAGAAGCGGCUCUCUUUCAUUGUUAGAACACAACCUUCCAAGCUUUAAUGUCAACCCCCAUUCAACAUUUAACUGCAAUUCCUUUUCUUCUACUUUUCUUCCAUCCAGAUCCAAUCUCAGCCGGAAAUGUCAAGCUCCGAUCACCAAACCCAUGUUGCUCUUUUCCCAAGUGCCGGCAUGGGCCAUCUAGUUCCCUUCCUCAGACUUGCCAACACUCUCCUCAGCCAUAACUGUAAGCUUACUCUCAUCACUUCUCAUCCUCCUGUUUCUUCUGCUGAAUCUCAUCUUAUUUCCCGUUUUCUCUCUGCUUUUCCUCAAGUCAAUGAACUCAAGUUCCAUAUUUUACCUCUUGACCCUUCUAUUGCUAACUCCGAUGACCCGUUUUUUCUUCAAUUUGAAGCCAUUCGUCGCUCUGUUCAUGUUCUUAAUUCCCCCAUUUCCGCUCUCUCUCCGCCGUUAUCCGCUCUUGUUUGUGAUGUCACCUUGAUUUCCUCUGGUCUUCUACUUAAUACAACUCUAAACAUACCCAUUUACGCGCUCUUCACUUCCUCUGCUAAAAUGCUCUCUCUUUUUGCCUAUUACCCGUUUGCUAAAAUGUCUGAUCCAUCUUCUGACUUCAUUCGCAUCCCAGCCAUUGGUUCAAUUCCCAAAACAUCGCUCCCUCCUCCUUUGCUUAUCAAUAAUUCCAUCUUCGGGAAAAUUUUCGCGCAAGACGGUCAGAGAAUAAAAGAACUAAAUGGGAUUUUGAUCAAUGCAAUGGACGGAAUAGAAGGAGAUACUCUCACAGCACUCAACACUGGGAAAGUACUAAAUGGAGUACCUCCAGUAAUACCAAUAGGACCAUUUUUACCAUGUGAUUUUGAAAACCCAGAUGCCAAAUCUCCCAUAAAAUGGCUUGACAAUUUACCUCCGAGAUCGGUUGUUUUCGCCAGCUUCGGUAGCCGGACGGCCACAUCAAGGGAUCAAAUCAAAGAAAUCGGAAGUGGCUUAGUUUCAAGUGGGUACAGAUUCGUGUGGGUAGUGAAAGAUAAAGUCGUGGACAAGGAAGACAAAGAGGGGUUAGAGGAUAUAAUGGGGGAAGAACUAAUGAAGAAACUGAAGGAAAAGGGAAUGGUAUUGAAGGAAUGGGUGAAUCAACAGGAGAUUUUAGGCCACAGAGCAGUGGGUGGGUUUAUAUGCCACUGUGGGUGGAACUCUGUAAUGGAAGCUGCAUUAAAUGGAGUGCCAAUUUUGGGUUGGCCUCAGAUAGGAGAUCAAAUGAUCAAUGCAGAAUUGAUAGCAAAGAAAGGGCUUGGGAUGUGGGUUGAAGAAUGGGGAUGGGGCCAGAAAUGUCUGGUGAAGGGGGAGGAAGUUGGAGGAAGGAUUAAAGAGAUGAUGGAGAGUGAAGCUUUGAGGAAACAAGCUGCAAAGUUUAGAGAUGAAGCGAUUAAGGCAGUGGAAGUUGGAGGAAGCUGUGACAGAGCAAUUCAAGGGUUGAUUCGAAUGUGGAGUAAGGGCACAUGAAAACUCUCAAACUUAGCCUGAAAAAUAAAUCACCGCCAUAGUAAUCUUAGUAAGGUGAAAUUAUUACUGAGAAAUAGUGUGAACUUUGAAGUCAAUGCAGCGUAUGAAGUGAAAUUAAUGUAAUAUAAGAUUAUGAAUCAACAGCAAACUUCAAAGAGGAAGGAUAAAUAAUUUCCAAAAAAGAACUGUGAUUUUAUGUUUGUGUACCUA